UACUUGCAAAAUAUCUCAGCUCCUACAAGAGCAAUCCAAAUUUCUUAACAAGGAGCAGAGAACAGUAUUCACCCAACACAGAUUUUGAACUAAGAGAAACACAAAUACAGGAGAAAAUGGACAAUUCAUCUAAAGACAUUCCUCUCUAUCCAACUGAGGUCAAGAAAUGUGAGUCUAUUUGUAUAUUUGGCACUGGAGAUUUCGGCCGAUCGUUUGGAUCCAAGAUGCUGCAAUGUGGCUAUAAUGUAGUUUAUGGCAGUAGAAAUCCACAUGCGUCCAACCUGACCCCCAAAGGAGCUAAAGUUCUGAGCCACGAAGAAGCCAUAAAAGAAUCUUCCAUUAUUAUCUUGGCCAUCCACAGGGAACAUUAUGACUUUCUGGAGCAAUUAAACAGUCAACUGGAAGGAAAGGUGUUGGUCGAUGUCAGCAACAAUCUAAAAAUGAAUCAAUUUGAAAACUCCAAUGCUGAACACCUAGCCAGUUUGGUGACUGGAGCAAAAGUAGUGAAGGCAUUUAACACCGUAUCUGCAUGGGCUCUGCAAUCAGGUACAUUAGAUGCCAGUAGACAGGUUUUUGUGUGCGGUAAUGACGUGAAGUCGAAAGACAUGGUUAUGGAUAUUGCUCGUGCUAUAGGUCUAACACCUCUAGACCAGGGAUCUCUAUUAUCUGCCAAUGAGAUAGAAAAUUACCCACUGCAGCUAUUUCCAAUGUGGAGGCUUCCCAUGUACAUCUGUACUGGAUUUACUAUAUUGAUUUUCCUUUACUGUGUACUAACUGAAGUUAUCUAUCCUUUUGCUACAUCCAAUGAAAAUACACUCUACCUGGUUGCUAUUAGUAUUCCAAAUAGAGUGUUCCCAAUUGUUUCCCUUAUCCUCCUUGCUUUAGUUUAUCUUCCAGGAAUUAUUGCAGCAUUCCUCCAGUUAUACAGAGGUACCAAAUACAGUCGCUUCCCAGACUGGCUUGACAAAUGGAUGCUAUGUCGAAAACAGCUUGGGCUUGUAGCCCUGGCAUACGCCUUUCUACAUGCUAUUUACACGUUCGUGAUUCCCAUUCGCUAUUACGUACGCUGGUGGUCUGACCAAUACACCAUCAAACAGGUAACAACCCCUAUAGCCUUUUCCAGCCACUAUGCCUGGAUUUCAGAUUCGUAUGUUGCUUUGGGUAUGCUUGGAUUCUUCUUUUACAUACUCCUUGGUAUAACCUCACUGCCCUCUGUGAGCAAUGCCGUCAACUGGAGAGAAUUCCGCUUUGUGCAGUCAAAAUUGGGAUACUUGACAUUGGUGUUGUGUACGGCACAUACACUCGUGUAUGGUGGAGACCGAUUUAUCUAUGGACCGUUUUACAAAUGGUUUCUCCCCCCGGCUUUUGUUGUUUCUCUGAUUAUUCCAUGCUCAGUGCUAGUGCUAAAGUUCAUCACCAUCAUUCCAUGCCUCGAUAGUAGAAUCACAAAAAUACGACAAGGAUGGGAAAGAAAUGCCAAAAGCUAAGAAGGGUGAAAUGCUCAAAAUGAGACACAAAACAAACACUCAAACGACAAGGAAAAAUUGUGUACUCACUCGAAAGAUCGACUUUGUUCUAUGAGACUAACAACCCCCUGAAAAUGCCAAUAUGAACUCAGUUUUUUUCCAAUAUGAAUUCUGUUUAAGAACUGAGUGCAAUCUAUUCCACGUAUACCCAAGAAACAAUUUAACUAUAAUGAUUUCACAAAGUUUGGUUGGAAACUGAACCGCAUACUAAAUAGAACUUUGGACCUCAGGACCUCAUUUGCCACUGGUUUUAAUGGCUUAGCGCAGGGAUAGCUAGUUUUGAACCCCAAUAGAUCAUUCUGAACAGCAUUUUACACAAUACUUGGUAAACCUAAAGAUUGACUCUGUGCAAUUGGAAAUGUAAUCCAGAAACACCCGAGGAGCCAUGGUUGUUGCUCACAGGUAAAAAAGAAAGUAGAAGAGAUAUCUCUGCUUCUUUCUCUGCUUCCUUGCUGGACCAUUUGUACAGGUGCGUGAUGCUAUGAAUAUCUUCACCCACUUUUGUCAGACAAAGAUGUUCUGCUUUUUUUCUGUAGAAAUUAAAUGCAUUCCUCCUCACCCCUUGCCUUUUCCAGAUGUAUCAAUAGAAAAUUUACAAAAAUAGUCACCUUUCAUUGCAUUGUACACUUAUAGUUGUGUUUAUGUAAUAAAAGAAACGAAAAUCACAACAAAAAUUAGCCAAAACAGCUUAUGUCACACAUGUUUAUCAAUCAUUAUCCUAUAUUUUUACUCUACAAAUGCAUAACCAGUUAUAUAUAUAUAUUUUUUCCAUUAAUGUUAUAUUGAUUUUCACCAGAAAAAUACCAUUACGUAACGUCUCGGUAAUACAAUCCAUAGUUAACAUUUGUACAUAAGGUAUUUUCGUAGAUAAGUCAUCAUUCACAUGGACAUAUAUUGGUCUCAGUACAAUUCGAGGCAUCCUGCUUGCUUGUUUCCAAUCAUAAUUAAUCAUCCAGUCAUAUGGUUAAAGGAAAAAGAUAGAAACAAUAAUAACAAAAAAAAUUAACAUAAAAGUAAGACCCAACUAUCAGUACAGGGCAUCCUGCCUAAAGUUUGGACCAGCCGUUCAUAUAAGGUUAAUUUUAUACGUCAAAAUAUUAGCUAUCCUACCUCCAGAAAGAAAUCGUAGGUUGCGUCACCUAUGUAUAUGUUGGCUAGAUCCGUGUUAAGUAGUACCCUUGGUACCUGGCUGCCCAUAUGUUUCCGUUCACUAACUCCACGCUUCAUCAAAGACUUGUGUUUUAUAGGGUCUAUCUAUAGACAUUUGUUCGUAUAAAUAAUAUUGCUGGACCUUGUCCCUCAGCUGAGAGGCGAAGGGCAAACUGUGGAUUUCCAUCCAGUCGCUAUCCAACUGCGUGCAGCAAGGAAGACCAAAGCGGCAAUUUGUGACAACGACCUGGUGGUAUUUCUUGGAAAGAGAAAAAAGAGGCAGGUGGAUGGAUUUAUAGGAAAUCCCUCCAAGCCCAAUAGGGCUAAUAAGUUACUAACAUCGUGCCAAAGAACUUUAAUUCCGUUACAUGACCACCAAACAUGUAGCAUUGUACUGUGUUCUAUCCCACAUCUCCAACACAAGGGGGAUACAGCGGGGUAUAUUUUGUGAAGUUUGGUAGGUGUCGAAUACAACCGGUAGAUCAACUUUUUAUGGGCUUCUUUGUGGGUAAAGCAAGACGUUAAUGUAGAUAAAUUAGUCAGGAUCUUAGUCCAGUUAUAUAUGUUUAAAGGUAUAUUACUUUGUAGUGAUUAUACUCUUGGUAUAUGAUAUUUUCAAAGAGAUAGCAAGUGUAAUGUUUUCCAAGAAGUUCGUCCAUCUGGUUUCACUUUAUAAACUUUCAGUUAUCAAAGUACGAAAGGCAAGAAAGCCUGUCAAUUUGC